CAUUUUUCAGCCAUGCUAAUCUUUUAAAACAAAAACAAAAUGGAUUUCUUAAACUCAUCUGACCAAAACUUGACUUCAGAGGAACUGUUAAACAGAAUGCCAUCCAAAAUUCUGGUGUCCCUCACUCUCUCCGGGCUGGCACUGAUGACAACCACCAUCAACUCCCUUGUGAUUGCUGCAAUCAUUGUGACCCGGAAGCUGCACCACCCAGCCAACUACUUAAUUUGCUCCCUUGCAGUCACAGAUUUUCUUGUAGCUGUCCUGGUGAUGCCCUUCAGUAUAGUGUAUAUUGUGAGAGAGAGCUGGAUCAUGGGACAAGUAGUCUGUGACAUUUGGCUGAGUGUUGACAUUAUCUGUUGUACGUGCUCCAUCUUGCAUCUCUCGGCUAUUGCUUUGGAUCGGUACCGAGCAAUCACAGACGCUGUUGAGUACGCCAGGAAGAGGACUCCCAAGCAUGCUGGCAUUGUGAUCACAAUAGUGUGGGUCAUAUCUGUGUUUAUCUCUAUGCCUCCUCUAUUCUGGAGGCACCAAGGAUCUAGCCGUGAUGAUGAGUGUAUCAUCAAGCAUGAUCACAUUGUUUCCACUAUUUACUCAACAUUUGGAGCUUUCUACAUCCCACUUAUAUUGAUUUUGAUCCUCUACUACAAAAUAUAUAAAGCAGCAAGGACAUUAUACCAUAAGAGACAAGCAAGUCGAAUUGCAAAGGAGGAGCUGAAUGGCCAAGUGCUUUUGGAGAGUGGUGAAAAAAACACUAGGCUGGUCUCCACACCCUACAUGCUAGAAAAGUCUUUAUCUGAUCCAUCAACAGACUUUGAUAAAAUCCAUAGCACAGUGAAAAGUCCCAGAUCUCAGCUCAAGCAUGAGAAAUCUUGGAGAAGGCAAAAGAUCUCAGGCACAAGAGAACGCAAAGCAGCCACUACCCUGGGUUUAAUCUUGGGUGCAUUUGUAAUAUGCUGGCUUCCUUUUUUUGUAAAAGAAUUGGUUGUUAAUAUCUGUGAAAACUGUAAAAUUUCUGAAGAAAUGUCAAACUUUUUGGCAUGGCUUGGUUAUCUGAACUCCCUUAUAAAUCCAAUGAUUUAUACAAUCUUUAAUGAAGACUUCAAGAAAGCAUUCCAGAAACUUGUAAGAUGUCGAUAUUAGCUUAAAGAAAGUUUAUUAUUAAAGAGUGGAGUUUUUUGAUUGAGGGGGGUAAAUAAAAAAUGUUAAAUAAAACAUUUAAAAUUUUAGAGGAAAUAUAUUAAAACUGCUAAAAUGAUACAGAUAUAAUUUAUAUUUUAAUAGCAUCAUAAAUACAAAAUGUAUUGAUUUAACCAUCAUUCUAGGCUAUUCAAAAUUAGAAAAUAAUUUACAUGGGUUAUAAAUACUAUUUUGUCUAUGCAAUAUAGCUGAAAAGCUAACUGGAAAAAAUAUAUAUGUAUAGCACUAAUGAAA